CCUCAUCUUUCGGGUCUUCAACAUCAUGCAUCAUGAACAGUUCCUGCUAUACGUGUCGCCGCAGACAUGUCGAGUGCCAAAUGGUCCGACCCCCGUGUAAGAAGUGUGAGAAGGCCGGGCUGGAAUGCCUCCUGAAGCGGCCCCUUCGCUGGGUCGAGGGCGCGACUUUUCGCGGCACAGCAACAAAUUCCCCAAUCGAGAGCGCAUUCCAAGUCCGGCCAUCGACACCUCGCCAUGUCGGGUCCAAAUCUCCUGAUAAAUCUCUUCAUGAGACUGAUCUUGUCGACUAUUCAUCCGAGAUUACAACCUCGAAGGGAAUCUCGUGGCAUGUUGGAAUCUACGAAGGCUUCCUCCGAACGCCUUUCAACUUGGACGAUCCUACACUCAAAGGCCUGGACGAGGGCUCACGAUACUACCUCAAUUACUACAGCAGAUGCGUAUGCAAGCUGUUUGUCAUGUUCGAUAGCCAACACAAUCCCCUGAGACAGCUCAUCCCCGCUGCUAUCGCCCAUCCCGUCCUCCUGACGUCCGUUGUCGCCCUCGCCGCGCGACACAGAGCGAAUGCCACCCAGACGUUCGAACAAAUCCAAGCAGCAGAUCACCCUCGCGUUUCGAAACCUUGCUAUGACGCUGCUUUAUACAAGUAUCGGGCUAUCAAAGGACUUUCGCAAGCUCUGAAUGAUGGAACAGGUUCUUCGCUCGACGUCGUGAUCAGCAGUGCAUUCCUGUUGAUCUUCCUCGACCUGUUCGAGUCUGGAAGCGACAAGUGGAAUGUCCAUGUCGAAGGUGUCAAGAAACUCAUUGCCGCGCUUCAGGUUCCGACCAUGUCGCGAGAUCUGGGAACAACUAUGGAAGGCAUGCGUGACUUCGCGAUGCAACAGAUCUACUUGAUUGAUACAUUGGGUACGACAUUUACACGUCCUGGAUUGCUAGUCAAUCCCGGCUCACAUCAGCCAUCCACAUCUCUCCAAAUGAGCGUCGACAAAGCUUAUCUAGGCUGUCCCGAACAGUUCGUGGGUGCUCUCCGCUCCUUCUCGGCGGCUAGAGACUGCUUGGCGAAGCCAGGGCGUCUUGACCGUGUUGAUGCGUAUUUAUUGCUCCAGACUAUGAAGGACUCGCUUGAGUCUACGCAGAGCUUCAACUGCCACGCCUGGGCGGCAGGGCUCGAGCCGUCUCGCUCAUCCCUCAUACAACCCACACAAUCUAUACAGAUGUUGAAGGAUUUGGGUCAGGCUUACAAGUCGGGAACACUGAUUUACGGCUGGCGCGUAUGCGAUGUUUUCACUGGUGACUCGACGCCUUUGGAUGACAUAGUGGACGAGCUGAUCAGUACUGUCGCUGCGUUACGAAGCAACGAGGCACUGUUCAAGUGCAUUCUUUGGCCCCUAUUCGUUGCGGGUUUAGAGUCCCGGCAUCCAUGUCAGAGGCAGUUGGUCGGCGAUUGUCUUCGCAGAUUCUGGUUUGAGACGAAAUGUAUCAACGUGAUCAACGCGGAGAAAAUCCUUCAGCGGUUCUGGGCCCAACCCGAGCAGGGGCCGAGCUUGGGGCCAAAUUGGAUCUUUAGCAUGGGACAUAUAGAAGGCGACUGGCUUUUGAUAUAGUCGAGUGUAGAUCUAUGAUACCUACC